AGUGUGUGUGUGUGUGUGCACACGGAGAUAUCGCUGAAAUAAAGAACAGGAAGAGAAGAUAGCUGUGCCUUCUCAUACACAGUUUUUGGCUCUUUCGCUGUGCAGCAAGUUCCUCUCCUGUCCACAACCGAAGGUCCCUCUCAUGGGAAGAGUGAAGGGCAAGUCUGGGCCCUUGGCCCGGAGGCCAGACAACUCAGCUUUCAAACAGCAGAGGCUACCUGCGUGGUCUCCCAUGCUGACAGCUAACACUGUGCUGCCUUUCUUCUACUUUAUGGCUUUGAUAUGCAUGCUGCUGGGAGUAUGGCUGCUUCUCAUGGUACAGAGCACACAGGAAAUAAAGCUGGACUACACAGAUGCUUCGAACUGUAAUAUAUGUUUUGAAAAGCGUAAAAAUGUGAGCAACGCAGGAGAGAGCUGCAGCUGCAAAGUGGUGUUUUCUAUUGAGAGACCAUUCAAGGGAGACGUCUUUUUCUAUUAUGGCCUGAAAAACUUUCAUCAGAACCUCCGUAGAUACAUGGACUCCAGAGAUGAUGGACAGAUGGUUGGCAGGAAGAAAAACUUGAAGAAUCCCAGUUCAUAUUGUGAGCCGUUUACAAGAGACCAGAAUGGAUUGCCCAUUGCUCCCUGUGGCGCUGUGGCCAAUAGUAUCUUCAAUGACUCCUUCACUCUGACCUAUCAUGAAUCCAAUCAAAAUAAAUUUCGGGUUCCUUUGUUACGGAGAGGCAUCACCUGGUACACCGACAAAAAUGUCAAAUUUCGCAACCCCAGGAUGGACAACUUGUCACUGGCUCAAGUGUUUGAUGGCACAGCAAAGCCACUGUACUGGCACAAGCCAGUGUAUGAGCUUGAUCCCAUCGACCCGACCAACAACGGCUUCAUCAAUGAUGACCUGAUCAUAUGGAUGAGGGAGGCAGCCUUCCCCAACUUCAAGAAGCUCUAUGGGGUUUUGCACCGAGCCAACGAGCCCUUCAUUCAGGGGCUUCCAGCCGGGAGUUACAGCAUCGACAUAUCCUACAACUUCCCUGUGCAGUACUUCCAAGGUAGGAAGGAAGUGGUGCUGACGACGCUGACCUGGUUUGGAGGUCAGAACCAUUUCCUGCCCAUUGCUUACCUAGUAACCAGCAGCCUGAUCCUACUGAUAGCUGUCAUCCUCACGGUGGUCUGGUGUAAGUUCGGAAAGAAUGGCAAGAACAUGGAGGAAUGAAGGGUAAGAGGUGCACUGGGACGCUGAGGAGUGAAAAAGAAAACUCACAAGCAGCUGAAAAUUGAUAAUUGUUGUGCUGCUUAGGAGCUGCUUUAAACAGACAUCAAAUCCUAAAUGACAAGAGCACUGAUGUGAGCAAAUGAAGGAUAAGAAUGGUUUUAAAAAAGAAUGUUAAUUUGGUGCAAUACCAUAACAGCAUUUGCAGGAAAACCAAUGAAGAAUUUAGUUUGACAUCUGGAAAUGACUUUCCCAAUCAGCUAAAUGAUCCACAUGUGUGACGGCUUUUGUUGUGAUGAUGUUGUUCGGAACAACCACUUGUGAAAGCUGGGUGCCUUUUUACUUGAUGAACUUUUGAAUUUUUUGUAACACACACCAUUUUGUUCAUGCACUGUUAAUAUUUAUUAAGAUGAUUAUUAUAUACUUAUUAUAAUUAUUAUAUUAAGAAUUAGUAAACUCCAGUCACUGUGGUGUUAAAGCUGCAUUUCAUGUCAUUAUGGCAAAGUGGAAAAGCUACACUUUAAUUAGUGUGAUGUAGAGUGGGCACCAGCCAUUAGACAAACCCUGUAACGCUACUUCCUAAUACUGAAUAAAGGUUUUUAAUUAAGGUUUAAGCAUGAAGGUUAGCGAGUGCAGCUAAUAUUGCAUCUAUGUCAGUGUUACAUGGUACAAUAGGUGCUUAAAGAAAUGCUUGUUUUUAGACUGCAGCCAUGCUAGCAGCUCUGUGAGAGCACAGUGGAGCUUUGAGCUAAAUGCUCAAAGUGGCAAAGCAAACAUGCGGCUUUGCAGGUAUGUUUACCAUGUUCACCGUCUCACUUUAGUGUGUUGGCAUGCUAAAUAUGCUAAUUAGCACUCAACGCAAACUACAACUGAAGCUGAUGGGAAUGUAAUUUAAUCAGAUAUUCAUACAUAAACCAAACUAUCACAGAACAAUGAUUUUAUAAACCAAAACAAUGAUGCAGUUUAGAUCUUUUUUUGUGUAAGUAUGGCCAUUGUUGAUCAAGGGGGAAAAAAAGGUUUAUUUAACUGUAUUUGCAGUGUAAUUGUGGAGUCUGUUUUGAUGACAGCUGAAGAUUUGAAUAAAACAUUUUCUUUUAAAAACUCUUUAUUUCUCUAUAUACAAUCAGUGAGAGCCACAUAAACACAACCCCUCUGUGACCAGGGAGCACCAAAACUCUGCAUAUUGAUCGCCUUGGUUAUUGAGCAUAAUCAAAGCACGACUGGUGGCACAGCUGUGUGAACAACACCUUCCCUCAGGGUCGGGGGGCGGCUGCUGCUCUGUAAAAGGUAUAAAGCAGCUUGUUCCAUUUUUUUCUACCUACACUCCUGCCACGUUGUGUUUGGUCAGGUCAGUACCACAGGUGGACAGGAGAGGAAUGCAGUCUACUGGUGCUACAGACAAUGGCUGAACACAUCCUACUACAGCUAUAAGCCACAUCAUCACCAGUCCGUAAAACAAAAAACACACAGGACUGAAUUAUGGAAUCAGCUUAGCACACAUACAGAUGUUGAUGCACAUAGUUACAAGGAAGGAACAAGUCACACCCAAAUGGAUUAGGACAGAUCAAACACCCAUUUCAACACGAGACAGUCACCAUGAUGCACAAAUAAACAAACACAAGGGAGAAUUAUCAGCUGUAACAGAUUUACCCAUCUAUCUCAUCUCUCUGUACCUUUUCUCUGGAACAUCCUCUAACUAGGUAUUUAAAAAUGCUUGUUCCUACGUUAAGACUGCUUUAAUGUUUACUUGGCUAAACUUGCGAUGUUGGCACAGGUUGUGAAAGUCGAAUCUGCUGUGAAUCAACAUUGCAUAAACAUAGAAAAGGCAACAUUUGGUCUCCAAUACUACAAAAAAGUAUUUUCGCUUUGGGGAGUAUGUUGGAUUUGAUUCUCCCAAUCGGCCUCUUCAGGUUAACAUACAACAUCUCUGACAAGUUUAAGAAAAAAAAAAAAAAAAAA